AUGGCGUACAAAGGACCGGCAAAAGUUCAAAAGGUUAUGGUACAACCGAUAAAUCUUAUAUUUAGGUAUUUGCAAAAUCGGUCAAGAGUACAGGUUUGGAUUUAUGAAAAUAUAACUACUAGGAUAGAAGGUCACAUUGUUGGUUUUGACGAAUACAUGAACCUUGUCUUAGAUGAUGCUGAAGAGUUUAAUAUUAAAACGAAAAACAGAAAAGAACUUGGAAGAAUAAUGAUGAAAGGAGAUAAUAUUACAUUGAUACAAAGUCUAGAUUCGACAAAUAGUUCUGGUUGA